AUGUCUGACGCUGCGAAGAGCGAUCCAAAACCUUCGAGCUCGAAUCCUUCUAGUUCGGGCACAAAUACUGAGAAAAAAGCGAGCAGGAAAGAUUAUUACGCUAGAAGGGACGCUUCAAGAGUGUAUUUGUUUGAGAAUUUUGUUCCAUGGAGGGAAUUCAAGAAGAAACAUGGCUUGAAGACAGACGCAGAUGUUGCCGAAAUGCUUCUUGAAAAUUUCGACGCUACGAAAUCCUCACGGGCUUUGUGGUAAGUAUUUCGUGUGUAUAAGUUUUGACAUUAAAAACUUUCACUUUUAUUGUUAUUUACUCGGAGAUUGCAUCUUUUCAGCGACGUUGAAACUCAGACUGAGGAAGCGAAUGUUGAGACAAUGGAGCUAUUGUCUGGCAUCAGCAGCGUGAAAUCAACAACACGGGAAAGUCAAGUUCCUCCCAGUUUACCUUCACCAAGUGAGCGAACGUGUUUUUUGCUUUCUAAUAUUUACGUGUUUUAGACUGUUAUUACUGUAUGUGGCGUUUUUUAAAUUUUCUUAUAAUCUUCGUUCUUUCCAAAGUUGUGACCUCAACGCCAGGACCAUGGACUCGACUGCACGUCGUCGAUUGUUGAGUGAAAGUUCACCAGUAACUGCCAAGUCUUCUAGUUCAAGGUGUGUAUAUAAAAUGAGUGAGACUAAAUAAAUAUUAGAUGACUAACAAAACUAUUAUAUUUUUUCCCUGGCACUCAAACCCACAAAAUUGGCCUCUAGCUAGGAUUCAUGUUAACCUUUGAGUUGUCAGUUGAAACUGAUUUCCCCACCCAUGGCUUGUUAGGAGUGUUGUAUUUCAUGUAUGUCAACACAAUAUUCAAAUAAAAGCUAAAAAGGUUGACUGACAUGAUAUGACCAUUUUUUUGCAUGGAAAUAUAUUAUUGUAUUUUCCUACAUUUACCCAUUAAGCUGCAGAGCUUCCCCAUUGACCAGUAAAUUCGUCUGGCAUUAGACAAGUAAAAAAAAGUAGGGCACACUUGGGCACAUUACGGCUCAAUGGGUGAAUUGAGAUAUUGUCAGAUUUUUUGAUUAACCCAUAAAGCUGCAGAGCUUCCCCAUUGACGAGUAAAAUCAUCUGACAUUAAAAAAAUUAGUAGGGAGCACUGCGGCUAUAUGGGUUAAGUACUUUUCUCACACACCGCUGGGAGCUGCUGCAGCGUCAGCCGCAAGCUUGACAUUUAUUAAUAAUAAUAAUAAUAAUAAUGAUUUUAUUACAGUAUUUCCACGUGAGUGGCUCUUCAUCUGUAAAAAAAAACUACAUACUGUAUUAUACUACAAUUGUCAUAACAUAGAAAGGUUCUAUAAGUUAUUAACAUGCAUAUGUUAUUAACAUACAUUUAUUCAAUUACCAUACAAUUAAUUGCUCACUACAUAAUAACUAUAAGAAGUACGGUACUAUAAUCACAUCCAAAGCCAUAUUGUUUCCCAAAUCACUACUAUAAAACUAAAUGGGCUGGGUGGGUGGGAUACUGAACAUUAAGCUAUGGUGAGCAACAACAAAAAUAUGCUCAUAUAACCUGCACCACUCUGUAACACCCUGAUUUCAUCAGGCCCCCAGCAGUGUGUGAGAAAACAUUUUCCGCUUCUUUCGUGCCUCAGCCAGCGGAAAAUAAGACAUCUUUUUUGUGUGAUCAACAAAUUCCCCAUCAAACAAAUUCCCUAUUGCACAUUGGGAGCUAUUUCAUGUACAGUAUUUAUACUCAUUCACUGACACACCAGUGAUUAAAUGUUUCUAAAAUGGUGUUACUUGCACUGUCAGAACUGGUUUAUAUGGGAUUGCCCCUGAUUGUGAAUAUAAAAUACACUGGCAUUGUUGUCUGCAGUGAUGUGUGUGAUUUACUGUGUGCCAAUGCAUAUUCAUCAACAUGACUUGUGUCUUCAUUUUAGAUCUUUAGAUCCUCUUCAAGAGGAGACACUGACUGCCAAUGAAAGUGAUGAAGAUAUGGAAAUUACAAUGACAGCAAAAACUAUUUCCCCUAGCAAUGAAAGGUAAGAUUAACCUUUAAACAUGCAAUGUGUCCAUAUGCAUCCUUUAGCAUUUUACUCAUCAAGGGAAGAGUAUUGCAUGUCAAUGGCCAGUAAUGGGUUAAAACUUUGCAGUUCAAUGGUGAUGAAGUGAAAAAUUAUGAUCUCUAUGACUAUAUAUCUGUAUUUUGUACAAACUUAUAUAAACCACUCAUAAAGUAAUGUAGUGUAUAAUGGUAACAUAUGCAUUAUUUAUAAUGGUAACAUGUUCAUUUAUGCAGUUGCCAGAGUAGACUAAGACUCCAUUUGAAACUGUAUUUACUUGUGAAUGGAUACAGCUUUUUAGUGGAGAGUAAAAACUACCUGAAAACACAAUAAUUUUUUUUUUAAUUUUACUAACUUUGUCACAACAAGAAUACAUGACAAAUAACAAUAAUUACAUAUAUAACUAUAACAUUACAAAUGUGACAGGAAAUCACAACAGCUUCAGGCCAAUUACUGUGAUCCCAAAACAUAAACGUACAAGUACUGUACAGUUUUACACAAACAUACACACACACACAUAGACACACAUAUAUGUAUAUAUAGAUGCAGAUCUAAUUUAAAAACAACAUGCAAUAGGUUUGGUUAGGUCCCGGGCCUGGUUACAUUUCAGGCAAAUUGUUUUCCACGACAGAGGAUCAUCCACAUUAUAAUUCCUAUCUAAUGCGGUAUAGUAAUAUUUAAUUAAGAGAUUUUUAAAGGUUAUUCAAAACUCAUUAAUAAUUCAUGAAGCAAUUAUCCAAUCUUGAGUAAGAAAUUAGUCAUGUGCAUAUAUAUACGUCUUUAUACCAGCUAAUGAACACUUUAACAAAAGACCAUUGUUAUGCAAACUAUAUAAAGAUUUUAUAUAAAGAUUUUUCAUAUUCAGAUUUGACUUAUUAUGCAAACGUUUUUGAAGCCAUUUAAAAAAACUCGCAGGUUGUGUUUUAUUAGGUUUUUAUUAGGUAUUAGGCUUUAAACUUAAUAGAACACUCCUGCUCGUUUUUUAAAUAGUUCUUAGAGAGUUAUAUUUAUCGGUUAUUGAUCCUGGUAAUAUGUUCCAUAUUCUUGUUAUUCUUAUUGUAUAAGUCUGUUGGUACUGUACUGUAGGUAGAGGUUUUACAUUUCCUAACUUGGAAGUUUAUGGAGUUCGGAUCCACUGAUCUUGUAAUUUGUGAGUUUUCUUUAUGUUUGGGAACAACUGCAUCCGAGAGGCACCUGAUACCGCAAUUUGCCUUGGGAAAAAUAACAUGUAUAAGGACUUCUAUAAUUAUUUGAAGUACUUUACAAAAACUUAUUUUCUGCUCUACCUAUAUUAUCACUGCAACACUUAAAAGUUCUGAUGUGAAAGAUGUCUUAGAAAAACUUUAUAAACAAGUAUUGACAGUAUGACCAAAUAAAUUUUAGGUCACAACUGGAAAAUCUGUCGUUGAAAGAUGAAAUCUUCAACACUUUUACUGGUCAUGGUGGAGACGAGCCAGAAGACAAGGUGGAAGCAGGAGGGGAUGGGGUUGCAAGUAAUAAGUAUGUGUCGACUGUAUGGGAAGUGACACCUCAGGAAGCAAUCAGACUGGAAAAGUGCAUUGUAUACACAGACACUUUAAUGGAGCUGCUAAAGUCACUACACGGUAGUGUUUGUGUGAGAGUUGGCUGUAAACGAGCAUUGAUUUAUCACACCACCUAUGUUGGCACAUGUCUUGUUGUGUCCUGGAAGUGUGAUUCUGGUCAUGUUGGUGGAAGGUGGGCUGCACAACCUUCAUGUAGCAACAUCAGAGCAGGAAAUCUAAUGCUGGCGUCUGCUUUGCUCUUGUCCGGAAACUCAUACACCAAAGUGGGGUUGAUGUUCAACUUCUGUAAUUUGCAGUAUUUUUCGCAAACACUGUUCAAUCAGUAUCAGCAGUUGUACAUCACCCCUGCGAUCAAUGAGUUUUGGGAACAGACAAAGCAGCAACUUUGGGAGGAUAAACGAGGGAAAGAUGUUGUGUUGAGUGGCGAUGGCAGGAAUGAUUCCCCUGGUCACUCAGCUCAAUACUGUACAUAUAGCCUUGCUGACAUGGAUGACAACACCAUUCUUCAAAUGGAUAUUGUGGAUGUGAGGGAAGCUGGAGGAAAAAGCAACAACAUGGAGAGGAUUGGCUUCGAAAAAGCAAUGGGUGUGCUUCUGGCAUCACCGAUUGUUGCAAAGGAGGUGGUGACUGAUGGUCACCUUGAAAUUGCAGCUUUAAUGAGUAAGUGCCUAAAUUGA